CACAGAGAACAAGCCAGUCCGCGAAGAAAACCGUGUAUUAUUAAUACUCGUCUGUGAGAGGGCGGAGUUGGGUUUCUCUGCAGAUGAUCGGCUCUUCGUAAUUGUCGGACCACCCAGAUCCUAAAAUCUCUCUCUCUCUCUCUCUCUCUCUGUGUUGUCUCUCUAGAAUCCUUGCUUGUUUCAGGCUGUUGCUGCUUGUCUGUCACAACCCACAUUGGCAUUUCCAAGUCACGACACCGUUGUAACUUAGUUCUAUCUCAACACAUUUCUUGGUUCUAUCAAGAAAAAAAAAAGAUCCAGGGGGAUGGUGUCAUAGCCUCAAUCACCGCAUUAUGGGAUGCAUUUGCUCCAAAGGGCUGUUGGCCAAUCAAUACGUCCUCAAGAAUCACCCAACAGACAACGAGUUGAAAUCCAACAAGGGGUUAGAUGAUGGAGGAGGAGGAGGAGGGGCGGCCGUGGAGGUGGAUGGUGGUGGUGGUGGUGAUGCAACCACACGGCUGAUAGGCAAUGACCGAAGCAAUACGGAGGAGGUAUCAUCAGAUGAAGGAGGAGGGAGGGAGAAGAAGAAGAUGAUGAAUGGGGUAAUGAGUUUGAGAAAUGGAGAAAGAGGAGCACAAGUGGUUGCUGGUUGGCCUUCUUGGCUCACUGCUGUCGCUGGGGAAGCCAUCAGUGGCUGGGUCCCUCUCAAGGCUGACUCUUUCGAAAAGCUCGACAAGAUUGGACAAGGAACUUACAGCAGUGUGUACAGAGCCCGUGAUCUUGAAUCAAACAAAAUAGUUGCAUUAAAGAAGGUGCGAUUUGCCAAUAUGGAUCCAGAAAGUGUGCGCUUUAUGUCAAGAGAAAUUCUGAUUUUGCGUAAGCUUGAUCACCCCAAUAUCAUGAAGCUUGAAGGUCUGAUUACAUCAAGGGUCUCGGGCAGCUUAUACCUUGUAUUUGAAUACAUGGAGCAUGAUCUUGCGGGGAUUGCAGCAAGACCUGGGAUAAAGUUCACUGAAGCACAGAUUAAAUGCUACAUGCAACAGCUUCUUCUUGGACUUGAACAUUGUCACAGUCAUGGUAUUUUGCACCGUGACAUCAAGGGAUCAAAUCUUUUGAUCGACAAUUAUGGCAACCUAAAGAUUGCUGACUUUGGUCUAGCAACCUUUUACCAACCUCGCCAAAAGCAGCCUCUGACUAGUCGUGUAGUAACCUUGUGGUACCGACCACCUGAACUUUUGCUGGGCUCUACAGACUAUGGGGUUGCUGUGGAUUUGUGGAGUUCUGGUUGCAUUCUUGCAGAAUUGCUUGCUGGGAAGCCUAUCAUGCCUGGAAGAACAGAGGUGGAGCAACUACAUAAGAUAUUUAAGCUAUGUGGGUCACCUUCUGAAGAAUACUGGAAGAGAUCAAAAUUGCCACAUGCAACCAUCUUUAAACCAACACAGCCAUACAAGCGUUGUGUCGCAGAGACCUUUAAAGAUUUUCCGAGCUCAGCUAUGGCCCUGUUGGAGGUCCUUCUAGCAGUAGAACCCGACUGUCGUGGAACGGCUUCUUCUGCACUUCAGAGUGAGUUCUUCACAUCUGUUCCUCUUCCCUGUGAUCCUUCAACUUUACCCAAGUACCCACCAAGCAAGGAGUUUGAUGCCAAGCUCCGAGAUGCGGAAGCUAGAAGGCGUAGAGCGCCUAGUGGUAAAGGACAUGGAGGGAGUUCCAAAGAGUCAAACGCUGUGGCAGCGCCAGUUGGCACUGCUGGGCAUGCAUCAAAAGAGAAGCAACAAGGGCAGCAUAAUUCAAAAAGCAUCAGUGAGAAGUACAUUCCUGAAGUGGAGACUGGCUCUGGCCUUCCUCUUGAACCUCCCAAAGUAGCAGCAUCAAAUGGCUUCUCCUAUUCAGGCCAGUUGAUGCAUCCUAGUGCAUAUGGAUCUACACGAAAUAUUGAAAUGCGAUCUGGUCGGUCUAAGAAUGGUGCAGAGUUGAGAAGGCAGAACUCAUAUAUGAAUGGUGGAGCUGCCCAAUCAUCCAGAUAUUCCAGUUCAGCUUCAGUUCGAAGUGAUUCACGAUUUGAUGGUGUUGUACAGACUACUACAAAUCCACACUGGCCAGAGGAACGUAUUAAUACCAGAUAUAAUCACUUAGAUGACGAGAAUUCCUCAGCCAAACACGAUUGGUCCCUUCAAUUUCUGAAUAGGCCAAAGUCUUCACAAAAAAAGGAUGAACAGCCAUCUGGAAAGGAUUCAGCUAGGGGUUAUGCUACCAAGAAGAAUCGAAUUCACUACUCUGGACCAUUGAUGCCUCCUGGGGGAGACCUUGAGAAGAUGCUCAAAGAGCAUGAGAAACAAAUACAACAUGCUGUCCGCAAAGCUAGACUGGACAAAGCCAAGAUAGCCUAUGGUGAGAAUGGACAGACAGAGUCCUUACUCCAUAAUGUGAGAAACGGCAGGUGACAGAAAAUGGAAUCUUAUACUGUGCAAUUUGGAGAGCAAGAGCUCCUCGGAAUGGAAAAAGUGCUAAUCUUAAAGAAGGAUUCAUUUGGGGAAAUUUUACAAAUCUGGUCACCGAAAGAUAAAUGGAAUAUAUGGAGCUUCAUCAAGUUUCAUUGCAUCAGAUGUGUAUUCAAUUUUUGAAGGUAUGCAAUAUAGUUAUACCCAUCAUUUCAUGCUCAAAUGAUUGAGAGAUAGUCAAUCAGGCAGAUCAAAUCCCUUGGCCAAUAUUGACAUACCAGGAAAAUUCUUUGAUUGCCAGAUGAGAAGGUCUCUUAGGUGGUCUUCCGAUGGACAAGCUUGUGUACGGUUGAAACCAGAGGUGCUCUGUUCAGCUUUUGUCUAAUUCUCUGUAAAGGCUGAAAUUAUAUCACACAGGUUCCCCUUUUGAUCACAUCAAUAGAAGGCAAUUUCUUG